ACAAUUUUUGUAAAAAUCAAAAUGAAUUCUAAAUUUGUGGUUAUUGUAUUAGCCGCCGUGGCUAUACAAUUGUUAACUAAUAAUAUUUGGAGUAAUGUGAACGCACAUCCAACGAACUGUGAUAACUCUGGAGGUUCAUCUGGAUCAUCAGCUUCCGGAUCAGCAGCUGCUUCAGGCUCUGGUGCAGCUUCGGGCUCUGGAGCAGCUUCAGGCUCUGGAGCAGCUUCAGGCUCUGGAGCAGCUUCAGGCUCAGGAGCAGCUUCAGGCUCUGGAGCAGCUUCAGGCUCUGGAGCAGCUUCAGGCUCUGGAGCAGCUUCAGGUUCAGGAGCAGCUUCAGGUUCAGGAGCAGCUUCGGGCUCUGGAGCAGCUUCAGGCUCUGGAGCAGCUUCAGGCUCUGGUGCAGCUUCAAGCUCUGGAGCAGCUUCCGGUUCGGGCGCUGCAUCAGGCUCUGGCUCAGCUUCUGGAUCUGGUGCAGCCUCAGGCUCCUCAUCCGGUUCGGGAUCAUCCUCAGGUUCAGGAUGUGGAUCGGGCUCUGGGUCCGCAUCUGGUUCUUCAGGAGGAUCAUCUGCCAGUGCCUCUAAAGGUUCAGCAGGUGCAUCGUCUAAUGGUUCAGUUGCUGGAGCCUCUAAGGGAUCUGCUGGUGCAUCAUCAGGAGGAUCUUCUGCUUCUGCUUCUAAAGGUUCAGCAGGAGCAUCGUCAGGUAGUUCAACGGCAGCAGCUAGUAAGGGAUCAGCAGGUGCUUCAUCUAAGGGUUCAUCUGCAUCUGCUACAAAAGGAUCGGCUGGUGCUUCAUCUUGUGGUUCCACGGCUAGUGCUAGUAAAGGAGCGGCUGGUGCUUCAUCCAAUGGCUCAUCUGCAUCUGCUUCCAAAGGAUCAGCGGGUGCUUCAUCAGGUGGUUCUACAGCUGGUGCUAGUAAAGGAUCAGCAGGUGCUUCAUCUAAUGGUUCAUCUGCAACUGCUACAAAAGGCUCAGCAGGUGCAUCAUCUGGUAACUCGACGGCUGUAGCUAGUAAGGGAUCAGCAGGUGCUUCAUCAAAUGGCUCCUCUGCUAGUGCCUCAAAAGGCUCAGCUGGGGCCUCCUCCCAAGGUUCGAGUGCAUCUGCAACAAAAGGUUCUGCUGGUGCAACAUCCAACGGAUCUUCGGCUGUUGCUAGCAAGGGAUCGGCUGGAGCUGCUUCUGGCAAUUCUACUGCUUCUGCAACGAAAGGAUCUAGCAGUGCUUCAUCAAAUGGGUCAUCGGCCGGUGCCACUAAAGAUGGAGCUGGUGCAGCCUCAAAUGGAUCAACUGCAGUUGCUUCAAAAGGAUCAGCAGGAGCGGCAUCUGGCAAUUCAACUGCUUCGGCAAGCAAAGGCUCCGCAGGUGCUUCUUCCAAUGGAUCUUCUGCAACAGCAACUAAAGGAUCUGCCGGUGCAACAUCAAAUGGAUCUUCAGCUGUAGCUAGCAAAGGAUCGGCUGGAGCCUCAUCCGGAAACUCUACUGCCUCUGCAUCGAAAGGAUCUGCUGGUGCUUCAUCAAAUGGCUCUUCAGCAUCAGCUUCCAAAGGAUCAGCAGGUGCAACAUCUGCUGGAUCUUCAGCUGUGGCUAGCAAAGGAUCGGCAGGAGCUUCAUCUGGAAAUUCAACUGCCAGUGCAUCAAAAGGAUCUGCUGGUGCAUCAUCAAAUGGAUCCUCUGCUACUGCUUCGAAGGGAUCGGCAGGUGCAUCGUCAGGAAGUUCGUCUGCAUCUGCUUCCAAAGGAUCAGCAGGUGCAACAUCUGCUGGAUCUUCAGCUGUGGCUAGCAAAGGAUCGGCUGGAGCUUCAUCUGGUAAUUCAACUGCCUCUGCAUCCAAAGGAUCAGCUGGUGCAUCAUCAAAUGGAUCAUCAGCUUCGGCUUCUAAAGGAUCAGCAGGUGCAACAUCUGCUGGAUCUUCGGCAGCUGCAUCAAAGGGAUCUGCCUCUGCUUCAUCAGACGGUUCUUCGGCCGCUUGUGAUUCAGGAGAAUCUGAUGCUGUUGAUAAAGCCAAUCUUGCUGCCAUUGCUAAUAUUGCAGCUGCGGCGGGUAAGCCAUCGGGUAAAUCAGCUCCAUCAUGCGACGAUUAUUACGAUUAUGAAUGUUAACAAAAUUACGUUAAUUUGACUACCAUUGCACAAGUGUACCAUGUUAUUUGAUAUAAAAAUACUAUUAUUUUUGCACCUCAAUAAAAAAUUUAUUUAAUGAA